AUGGGGUUUCUGGUUGGAUUGAUACUGGGGGUCCUUCUCGGCCUCGGCCUGGUGGUCGCCUUCGUCUACUCCGAGAACUCUCGGUCCAGACGCCGCUCCGAACUGGUAAGCUCGGUUCUUUCUUCGUCUAUGUUAUUUGUCAUGGAUUCCUAAUCAUUGUAAACUAUUGCCACUGACGGAGUUAGUUCAUCAGAUGAAUCUUAUCUUUACUCUUUAUCUGAGCCUAUACCAAGGAUUUAUACUUAAAAACAGCUGGAAAGAAUCCUAUGAUCAAGAGCUCAGUGGAUGCCUGUUUGAAGCCGCGAUCACAACUAUAAUCUAGUGACCCCUACAGAGUCCUCUCAGGAAAAUAGUCUGCCAAUUUUACGCUGCCAGUCUCUAAUGCAUUUCCCCGUAAAAGUGAAUGUGCAGCUCCUUAAUUCUAACUUCGAGGGAUUUUGGUGUUUUUCUUCUAUUAAGUUAAAAAUGACUUUUCUUGUUAAGCAUCAGUCGAAGUCGAUCUUGUUAUCAAUAUUCAGUUAGAGGCAAGGACUUUUCUAGUUUGUGUUGAUCAAAGUUGGUGGGUGCAGUUUGUUGUACGUUCUUAGCUUUGAGGUUAUUCCUUUGUGCUCUUUUGAAGCUGUCCAAUCUUCCACAUUAAAAAUUUGCCAAUGACAGAUGUGUAUAGAUUGAAGGUUAUCAUUUAUAUUGGCGUAAAGAUAAAUACACAUGUUUUAGAUUGCAUGAAGUGAAUAUUAGCACUGCCUUGUGUACAGUAUUCUGAGCAGGACCUGUUAACAGAGGGAUUGAUGAGUGCAGUAUUAAGGAUACGAGGAAAAUUACAUAAGGGAUUGGUGAAAUAGGGAGUGACAUCUCAAGUGGAGCUAGUAUUAUACAGUUUACCUGGAAAUCUUGUCGUUUGGUGUAUUAUUUAAUUUAAUCAUAUUGUAUUUUUUAUAGUGUGGAUGUGAAUCACUGGAAAGAACCAUUUCCUAUUAUUUUUUCAGGCUACUACAAUAGCGGCAUUCUCAAAGAUGACGGUUGAGGAUUCGAAGAAGAUUCUUCCCGCUGGAUACUACCCUUCAUGGGUUCUCUUUACUCAGUACCAAAAGUUGAGCUGCAUGCUUGGGGUUUAAUUAUCCUUCAAUUAUUUGUUGGCAUUACUGAUUGUGUUUCUAUUUUUCUUGCAGUUGGACUGGCUUAACCUUGAGCUGACAAAGAUCUGGCCUUAUGUGGAUGAGGUACAUUAAAAUUAUUUUUGAGACUCUUCUCGCCGGGGUGGCACCUCUUUUAUCUUCCUUUCAUUUUUUGCAAUCCACGUUUACAGGUGGAAUGCAAACGAAAGGGGACACUUUUCUCUUUGUUAUAUCCUAUUGUGACUUUUCCUUUGUAUUUUUUCACAGGCAGCAUCAGAGUUGAUAAGAAAUUCUCUGGAGCCUGUUCUAGAGCAGUAUAAAUCUCUUGUUUUGGAUUCUCUCAAGUUUUCAAAGCUCACUUUGGGAACGGUCGCUCCUCAGUUUACAGGUUGGUUUUCCAUGCAGAACCUUAGACAUGACUAAGGAUUGAAAGUUUUUGGCUCGAAAUGCACUUUUUAACUGAUGUUUUAUGUCUUCCUUAGCAUUUAUAAGUGUAAGCACAGGAUACUACUUUUUGCUUACCUCUAAUGGAGCUACCGCUUCAUAGUCUGAUUUCCCCUUGAUUAUGCAUUCACCUGAUGUCAAUCAGGCAUCUUUUUCUUAUGUCAGCUUGAAUUUACACUGAACAGGUUAAAUUCUUGUGAUUUAUCUGUUGAUGUUAUGUAUUACUGAGAGUCUUGCAUCAUGAAAUUCUUAGCAUUGUACUUGGGUGUACUGGAGAUUUGUCAAAAUAAAUGGUAGAUUUAUUUAUUUGGUAGCCUGUGGUUUUCUUUCCUCAGGCUGGCCCUAAUCAACGAGUUUUAUGAAGAGAUGUGAAUAUCCAAUGCCUGAACGUUAGUGAGAUGUUCAGACUUUUUGGAGAGGCACAGGACAAUAAGCAGUUAUAAGCCUAAAUAUUGUUUCUAGCAGUGUAUGUUACAUUCAAAAGUUACCAUCACUCUCAUAGCAGUUUUGUUUGUUAAUGGAAAGAAAAGAAAAGGAAAUAAAGGGGACCAAUGUGUAUGCAUGUACUCUGUGAACUAUCAGAGUCUACCACUAAAGUGGUGCUACAUGACAUAAACUGUAGAACAAUAGAUAGUUGGGAAAAGUCGCUAUAUACAAUUGCCCUGGCCACAAAAAAGGAAUGACAUUGUCAUCUAACUGAGGUCCCAAACCAGCUAUGUUUCUCUAAUAAAUCUCUGCCAUUGGCUACGUAGAUCUUAGCACCAAUCAUCCACAUUGAUAUCCUAGAGAUGUUCCUUCACACCUUGGUGAUUAUUUGGUUUCACCAAUGUCUUAUAAUCUAGUUCUUUUGUAACACUUCUGUUUAACCACUCCAUAACCUCUAUCCUUGAAUGUCAUUCGGUAGUUCACUUAUUCUUCUCUUAUUAAUGCCAUGGUUUCCUUGCACAUGUGCUUCUAUGCUGGAAAAUUUACGUCUACUUAUUUUCUUCCUUUUUGUAAUUGUUUUAGAGAUCCUCUGUACAGUAUAAUAGUAUCUUUAUAAGUGAGAUUACGGGCUUAGUUAAGGUUAGCCCCUCAGUAUUAUAAGUAACCAAUUCUUGCUUUUCUGCUUUCGAAAUUCUGCACCAUUUUUUUCCCUUUCCCUUUGUUACAGAAUUAUUGUAGUGAGCAGUAUCCCUAGGUAAAGUAGCGCUAAUGAUUGCCUUGACACUGCAGUAGCCCAUGGACCAAUGUUGUUAUAGGAAAGGGAUCCCUAAAAGAGAGAAACAUAGAGCAAGAGUAGGUAUUGGAGCAGAAUAAGAUUGAAACAAAAUAACAUUGUAAAGGGAUGUACAUGAUAUUGGCAAACAUAAUGUUAUUAGACUACAGAUGGAAACUGCAUGGCUGCAUGAGAAAACAGAUGAUAGGCUAUUAGCGAGUGAUGAAGAGACAAAUAAGUGGUUGUUUUCAGCAUCUGUUGCAAAAAAAUGUAUAGAAUAUGUUGGAUUGGGCUACAGGUCAUGCUGCAAAAGAGUGUGGAAGAUGAAUGUAUCACAUCAGCAGAAGUACUGAAUGUCUAUGGUGAUAUAUCAUGAUGGUGUAUGUAUACAGUUCGAAUCGUGUUAUUAUUAGAUCUCUUUUUAGUUGUAGGUUCUCAACAAGGUUCAAAUUUGGAUUUCUAUAUGUUUAUUGAGUGUUCCACAACUGAGGAUCUGUGAUGUAUCGUUAUGCACGUUCAUUGUGAAUAACUUAGUUACAGAUGGACAACUUUCGUUUAUGACAUAGUUACAGAUGUUCUGUUAUUCUGAAUGUCUUAGGUAAAGAUGUUCAAAUUUGUGAAUAGUAUAAUUAUAAAUGUAUACCUUACAUACCAGGAAAUUAUGGCUAAACACAACUACGAAACAUUGAAGACAAGCUUGAUAUUCGGGCAUGUAAGGCUAUCGUGUAUAGGAGUUAUUGAACUGAAACUGAAGGCAUAGUGCAGUCUUAACAAGCUUUUGGGAGACUGACUUGAAAACCAAAAACUUAAAAUUGAUGCUAUGACAUUUCGGCAAUUGAAAGCUGCUUUGCUAGAAGGAAAGGUUAUUGUGGAUGUUACUUACAUCAGAUUGCUGAAAUUAAGAGUUGUAUCUGGGUUAUUUAUGUCAGGUCGUACCACUUGAGUUGUACAGGAAUUGUUUUGGUCAUAGUGAUUAAACUUACCAAUCUUGUAUCGUGUAAAACAGACAAAAGUAGGCGUCGGUAAUGUGAUUAUCAGAUGCAUCACGAAUUCUUUCAGGUGGGACGGAUUUGUGUUGCACAUUAAGAGGUCAACUAAUGUGAGGAAGGGAUGGUACUUUUUGCGGGUGUUGUAUCUGUUGAAUGAAUGUGAAGGAGAAUAAGGUUUAAAGGGACAUCUGUAGGGUUGAUAAUGGCAGAUUUCGGCACCUAGUUUCAUAUGGGAUGAUUUCUGUUGCAAACGUUUUGUGAGUAUAAUUAAGCUCGACUGUAAGAUGUGAGGUUGUAUAUUCUCUUCUCUCGUUUGUUGUUUAUGGUGCCAAUAUUGUCCAUUCACUGGCUUUCAAAAUUGUGCUUAUUUUCUUGGGUAGUUCGUUUAUUUAUCUAUUUUAUGUAGUUAUUCUGCACACAUUUACUUGUAUUAUCCUUUUUUGCAUUACUGUUCAGUAUAGUUCAACUGUAGGACAUUGUUGGCAUAGCAAAGUUUAGGGCAUGAGAAAUGGAUGAUUGGAUCUCAGGCUGCCAGCAGGUGAAUUUACUCAAGUGCCUGGUGAUUUGCAUCUAAAUCCUACCCAACAUUUCUCUGGAUAACAAUGACGUUAUGUGUGCCUUUGCAAUCAUUGGCAAUUAAGAGAUGCUACAGAUAUCUUUUGGUUCCCCUCCCUCACGCUAAAAGGAAAGCAAGAGCAAGAUAUCACCUCUAGUUGAGACUUGGACUCCGUUUCUCCCUCACUCUCUUUACACUUGACCCUAGAAGAUUUUAUUCAUAAUACUGGCAAUUUUUGGCAAUGUUUUGUUUUUAUGUUUGUACUCAUUUAUCAUUUACUAUCUUUGAUGUACUGCCCAUGUAGAUCAAUCUCUUUCUAUGUGAAAGCCUGAGGAGGUUUACUUUUGCUCGUUAGGUAUCACAAUCAUUGAGAAUAAGGGGCGUGAUGGGAUCACCAUGGAAUUGGAGUUGCAGUGGGAUGGAAAUCCUAGCAUCAUACUUGAUAUUCAGACAAAACUUGGGGUGUCACUUCCUAUACAGGUGAAAACACUAGCAACUUGUUUGAACAAGUGCUGGCAAGUUGCUUUAAACUCAAACGUGUGAGAAUAUUGUCUUUCCCUUUGGCCUCAAGUUUGAGAUAAUGAAUUGUUUGCAUGAUAUCUUUUGUUUAUCCCUUCUUCCAUAUUGUGCAGAUGUAUCUAGCAUAUUGUUUUCUUGUAGUGGUCAUUUAUGAAAAUAUUAUGUAGUAGUGGGCAUCAAUCUUCUAUUUGAGCCUUUAAGUGAGUCAAUUAUGGACUACUUAAUGGUCUCUCCCUUUCUUUCUUCAAAAUAAGAGGGCUUGGCCUACUAUAGAUGUAAUCAGUAUUUAAACUGGUGUAGAGGUGAAUUGAAAUUUUUUCGUGAAUCUACUCUAAUAGGAUUUUCUAGGCUGCUCUAGUGAGAAGGGAGGGAAAAUACCUGAUCAAGAAGAUCAAGAUCCUGAUUUGACAUGGUAUCAGAGCUGGUUGAGGCGUGAAGCAUUGCAAGGAAAAGGACAUGCCUUCCAUCAAGUAGAAGCAAGCAUUUAGGAGGUCAGUCGACAGCAAUUCUUGAUUUCAAGAAUCAAGAAACAGGAGAUGCCUAUGGGCCAAGAAGCUUCUGCAUCCAACUCAGUCAUGACAACAAUUGUUGGUGGCCGAGACAAAAUAAUGUAUGCACUGCUAAGUAUUCCUGAGUGCUUAAAAUUUAACGGUACCAAUCUGUACCAAUGGGAGAAAUUUGUGGAGUUAACCCUUCUUGGAAGAGGUUUGUCAGAGCAUCUAAUUAAUGAUCCUAUUGGUAUGAAUGAUUCAAAUUACAAACUUUGGAAAUCUGAGCAAGCCUUUAUUCAUUCAUGGCUCCUUGGAACUAUGAUAGUAGAAAUGUGUGAUAACUUUCUUUAUAUGACUACCGUGAAAGAAUUGUAAAGUGAAGUCCAUAAGAAUUGUUCUAAGCAGUAGAAUGAUUGGAAGAUCUACGGGCUAAAUGCCAAAGCAAUGAGGACAAUACAAGGGGAGAAGACAAUCAUGAAGUUAUCAUGUGAAUUGAAGGCUAUAUUGCAUGAGAUUGAUCAUUAUUGACCUGUGAAGAAUCCUCACUCCGAAGAAAGAAAUUACGUAUUAAAGUAGAGAAUGUUUACAUUCCUAAUGGCUUUAAAUCUAGAAUAUGAGAGUCUUUGGAGUUAGAUCCUACACAGAGAGAGCGCACUGAAUUUGGAUGAAGCCAUCGGUAUUGUUAUGGAGGAAGAGAGUCGACUGCAUCAACUCUCAGAUCCAUCAAGGCCUAGCUUGUUUUCCACCAAGAAAAUUGAAAAAAAUCAAGCCAAGAAGUUCAGCAAGAUUAUAAGAAUUCAAUUGAUCAAGGACAAAGGGCUUCAAAUGACUAUAAGGAUAGUCUUUGGUGUUUUUUUGCAAAUGCAAAAGACAUACUAGAGAAUCUUACUGGAAGUUGCACAAAAUCGAAAGGUAUAUGUUGCUGCUUCUCAGAGUCAUGAAGGUGGAGAACAAGGGUAGACAAAAGAACAAAUAGCAAAGCCUACUCAUAAAUGUGGAGAGGACCUUAUGAAGAUAAAGGAAGAAUUAGAGUGACUCAAAAGCAUGUUGAGUUCUACCUCAUUGGCAUGUUUAGGUGAAAACAAAGUAUUUUUCAGUAAUACUAUUAUCCCAAAACUCACUAGAAUACAUUGGAUUGUUGAUAUUGGUGCCAAAGAUCACAUGACACCAAAUGUCUCUAGAUUCAUUAAUUGUUUAAAGAUAAAUAGGACACAUAAGGUCCUUAUAGUUGGAAGAGGGAUCUUAUCAGUGGCGAGUAUUGGGAGCAUCAAAAUUAAUGGGUUGAGUACACUUAAAGAUGUACGUCAUGUGCCUAGAGUUGAGGCACAUCUUAUAUCCUUAUAAAAACUUGUGCAAGAUUUUAAUUGCAAAUUUAUUCUUGAAGAUGAUGCAUGUUUUCUAAUUGAUAAGGUGUCGGGGUAGAGGACUAGACAUAUUAGGUGUCAAGAUGACCUUCUCUAUCUGGAAGAUCAAGAUGUAGUAUGUCUCUCCUCUCUUAAUCUUUUUGGAGACACUAGGAGCCAAAUCAUACUUCAGCAUAGUCAUGUUGGGCAUCCUUCUUUUGAAUUGAUGAAACAUUAAUUUCCUACCAUUCGUAAUAAGGUUGAUGUCAAAACUUUGAUUUGUGAGGCCUAUCAAUUGGCCGAACACAACCGAUUUAUAUUUCAUUUUAAGAAUGAAAGGAGUUUAGUAUCACUAUAUCAGAUUCACAAUGAUAUAUGGGGGCCAUGUCAGAUAUCUAGUAUAUCUGGUGGCAGAUGAUUUAUGCUAUUUGUUGUUGAUUGUACCUGAUUUAUAUGGCUUCUUCUUAAGUCUAAAGUUGAAGCUGCUCAAAUUAUCCCACAUUUCUUUAAUUUUAUAGACAAUCAAUUUGGAACAAUGAUAAAGCAGUUCAGAAUAGAUAAUGCCAAAGAGUAUUUCAACACUAUGAUCUACCCUUAUUUUGCUCAAAGAGGCAUAAUCCAUGAAUCAUCAUGUAUUGAUACUUCAUAACAAAAUGGGCUAACCGAAAGAAAGAUUGGCCAAAUUGUGGAGACAGUUAAAGCACUAUUAUUCCAAAGAAAUGUACUCAAAUAAUAUUGUGGAGAGUUUAUGUUGACAAUUACACAUCUUAUAAAUCACAUACCAGCAAGAUUAAUUGGACAUUAGAGUCCAAUUGAUUUAUUGUCUAAAGCUUAUCAAAAUGUAAAGUUGCGAACGAACUUAGCUCCCAAGGUGUUUGGUUGUGUGGUAUAUGUUCACACUACUAAUACUCAAUUGGGUAAGUUGGAUUCUAGAGCACAUAAGUGCAUAUUUGUGAGAUACUCAUCCACUCAAAAGGGCUAUAAAUGUUAUUGUCCAGCAUCUAGAAGAUAUUAUAUCUCUACAGAUGUUAUAUGUAAUGAAUAUGAGAUGUAUUAUAAAAGGACCAAAGAGCCUGAUAUUCAAAGAUCAUAAAAUCCUUUAGUUACUAGCUCGAAAGACCCUUGCCCUCAAGUGACACAAAUAUUUAGGAGACAAGUUCAGACAAAGUCACCUAAUACAACAAUCACGGUUGAGGAAGAAAGGGUGGACAAUGUAACUGAACCAAUGCAGCUGGAGGAAGAUGAUUCAAGGCAAAAUGAGGUCAAACAACUUGAUGUAGGCCUAGCUGAAGAUGAUCAGCUCGGAUGGCCUAUUGCCCUAUGUAAAGGGGUAAGGAAUUGUAGAAACAGACUAAGGUAUCCAAUGGCCAAUUAUCUGUCAUAUGAUAGAUUGAGUCAGGAGCAUAAAGUAUUAUUGAGCUCACUUAAUACGACGUGUACCAAAAAUAGUUGAUGAAGCAUUAGCUAGAAAAGAGUGGAGCUAGGUAAUGGAUGCAAAAAUGGAAGCCUUGCAAAAGAAUCAUACAUGGGAUCUGGUUCCUCUCCCAACUGGUAAGAAGGUUGUGGGGUGUAAAUGGGUAUAUACCCCGAAAUUCAAUGCAGAUGGGUCACUUGAAAGAUAUAAUGCACGAUUGGUAGUAAAAGACUAUACUCAAUCAUAUGGGACUGAUCAUCUUAAAACCUUUGCUCCCAUUGCUAAGCUUAACAUUGUGAGGAUAUUGAUUGCUCUGGCAACUAAGUUGAACUAGGAAAUACAUCAAUUUGAUGUCAAAAAUAUAUUUCUACAUAGUGAAUUGGAAGAGAAAGUCUACAUAACUAUACCUCCAAGAUAUCCACUAUCCAAUCAAUUAGGAGUGGUUUGUAGACUAAAGAAAGCCCUCUAUGGUCUCAAACAAUCUCUUUGAGCUUAUUUUGGGAGGUUCACCAAGACAAUGAAAAGUCAAGGAUAUAAACAGAGUAAUGCAGACCAUACUUUGUUCAUCAAAUAUAAUUCGUGUGAAGGUAUGACUAUAUUAAUUGUAUAUGUCAGUGAUAUAUUGAUCACAGGUGAUGACACAAAUGAAAUUCAAAAUCUGAGUAAAACCUCUCACAAGAGUUUGAUAUUAAGUCUCUUGGGAGACUAAGGUAUCUUCUUGGUAUUGAGGUGGCACACUCGAAAGAAGGUAUCUUUAUUUCUCAACAUAAAUAUACUAUUGAUCUGCUCCAUAAAACUGGACGACUUGCUUGUAAAUCAAUAGUCACACCAGUGGAUAUAAAUGUGAAACUUGAAGCAAGAGGUGACAGUCCUCCAGUUAAUAAGGAAUCCUUCCAAAAGUUGAUUGGAAAAUUGAUUUAUUUUGAAUCAUACUAGACCAGAUGUGGCAUAUGCUGUGAGUUCCUUGAGUCAAUUUAUGAAUGACCCAAGAGAAAUUCACUUACAAGUAGCAUAUUGUUUUCUAGCGUAUUUGAAGAAUACUGUAGGACAAGGCCUAUUAUUUUCACGAGGUAGUGAUAGUACUGUGGAAAUAUAUACAGACGUAGAUUAUGCAGGAUCAGUAAGUGACAAGACGUCAACAUCUAGAUAUUGUUCCUUCAUCGAUGGAAAUCUGGUCUCAUUAAGAAGUAAGAAGCAAAAGGUGGUGUCUAGAUCUAGUGCAGAAGCUGAGUUUAGAGCUAUGGCUCAAGUUAUAUGUGAAGCAAUAUGGAUAAAAAUACUACUUGAAGAUUUACAUCUGUACUCUCAAGGUUGCAUCAAGUUAUACUGUGACGAUCAAUCAUCUAAUGUUAUUGCCCAUAAUUCAGUCUAAUAUGACAGGACAAAGCACAUUGAAAUAGAUCGUCAUUUUAUCAAGGAAAAGAUUAAAGAAGGGAUGAUAAACUUGUUGUUUAUCAAUUCUACUAAUCAAGUGGCAGAUAUAUUCACCAAGAGGCUGCUGAGACCAACUUUACAGAAGCUUGUAUUCAAGUUGGGCAUGUCUAACAUCAACACCCAACUUGCAAGGGGUUGUCAGACAAGCUAGGAUCUUGUUAUUGUAGUGUUUCUCUUCUAUUUGGGCUCUUAAGUGAGUCAGUUAUGGACUACCUAGUGGGCCCUCCCUUUCUUUCUUCAAAAUAAGAGGGCUUGGCCCGCUAUAGAUGUAACUAGUAUUUAAACUGGUGUAGAGGUGAAUUGAAGUAAGACUUUUCGUGAAUCUAUUCUAAUGGAAUUUUCUAGGUGGCUCCAGUGAGAAAGGAAGGUGAAGACCUGAUCAAGAAGAUCAAGAUCCUGGUUUGACAAGUAGAAACGAGAUCUAUUUAUCCAUAUUUAGUCUAUUUAUUACUUUGAAGGAGAACUCGAGCAAUCUGGCUAGUGGCUGAGAUUUGAUCCCUAAGCUGAAAUUCUUAAGUCGUUUGAUUUAUGGUUACUGUACUAAGAAAAAUCUCAAUCUUUUUUAAAACUAUUGCUGUCGUGUUGCUGUAUCUAAUUAAUUACUUUCUUGCUGGGCAUUGUUGAAGAAACUAUUUCAUCUGCUGCUAGAUUGCUCACGAGUUCUACAUUUUUCUCCAUGGUUCUUCUCACAUGUGCUAGUUACAUUAUAGGAAUGCUAUGGAUUAUUCCCAAUAGAACCUGAGCUUCAAUGAAUAAACUGAAAAUUCAACCUCCUUACUUCUUGCAAAUUUGCUUCGAGAUUCUAACCUCAGGGAUGCCACCUCACUAAAUUCUGACUUCAGAAAACCUCAUUGAGUUUUAUGGAUCGAUUGCUUCUGGCAAUGAUCGAGGAAAUUCAUGGCAUCCCCUAUCCCACAUAUAUUUCAUAUAUUCGGAGCGUGUUACAAUAAUCAGAUGAUUUGCUAGCAUAUCAACGAGGCACAUAUUAAAUCAGCAAUUACUAUCUUGUCACGGGCAUCACUCUCAGCCGAUCUGCUCUUUCUAUCUGGUUCUCUUUUAAGUCGUUCUAUGAUCACGCAUACAACAGAAAAUUUUCGAUUUCCGGUCUAUGCUACUAUCUGGGCCUUUCUUGAGAUGCCCAUGCAUGCUAUUAUAUUACGGAAAUUUUGUUUCCGUCCCAGUGAUUAUCUCGAAGUUCAACAACAAGAUGAACUGCUUGUCCAACGUCAUUUUUUCCCCUUCAUUUCUAUGGGAAGAAAGCAUACAUUGGCCAUUGUUACUAUGAAUUAUGUGGUUACAUCAAACUGAUGAUAAAAAAACUAAUAAAUAUUUAUGCUAAUUGUCCUUGUCACAUCCCUAGGUGAAAAACGUGGCAUUCACUGGGGUAUUCCGACUGAUCUUCAAGCCAUUGACGGACCAAUUCCCCUGCUUUGGUGCAGUUUCUUAUUCACUGAGGCACAAGGUGCGGUUUUAGGAUGACAGCCUUGAAAUAUGGUAGCCAUAUCAUUGAUACUUUUUUAUCAUUUUAAGUUUAUUUUCUGGAUUUUUCCUAUGUUUUACAUGCAGAAGAAACUUGAUUUCACUCUGAAAAUUGUUGGUGGGGAAAUAUCAUCAGUGCCUGGAAUCUCGGAUGCUAUUGAGGUUAGAAGAGAAUCCAAAUCCAAUUCAUCUCUUUUGCGUUUUGCUUUUUGAUUGCUACAGUAAAAGGUAACCAAUCAUGCAGGAAACUAUACAUUAUGCUAUUGAAGACACCUUAAUAUGGCCUGCAAGGAAAGUUGUUCCAAUCAUCCCUGGUGAUUAUAGGUGGGGACUUUUAGUGGUCUAAGCCUGGAACUCUGUGCACACAGAUAUACUAUCAUUUGCUUGUUCCACUAACUGAAAAUACUUAUUGCAGUUAUUUGGAGUUAAAAACUGUUGGGACGUUGGAAGUGAAGCUUGUUCAAGCAAGGGGAUUGACGAAUAAAGAUGUUAUUGGGAAAUCUGAUCCCUAUGCUGUUCUCUAUGUUCGCCCGUUACAUGACAGAAUGAAGACGAGCAAAACGAUAGUAUGCACUUUGCAUUUUUUUUAUUGUUUCUCGGUCUCAGCCCUUCUAAAUUUGAAGUCACUAACUGGAUUUUGUUUUGCAGAACAAUGAUUUGAAUCCCAUCUGGAAUGAACACUACGAAUUUAUCGUUGAAGAUCCAUUGACCCAGCAUUUGGUUGUGAAAAUUUAUGAUGACGAAGGAGUCCAAAAGUCUGAGCUCAUUGGUUGUGUUCAAAUACCGUUGAAGGACCUUGUGCCUGGGAAAGUGAAGGAUAUAUGGUUAAAUCUUGUCAAAGAUUUGGAGAUUCAGCGAGAUAACAAACUCAGAGGACAGGUUGGUCUGUUCCCAUGGAGUACCCAGUGCCUGUUGUAUCUUGUGGAUGAGAAUGCUUCACUCUUUUUAGUAAAUUUUUUGGAUUACGAUUUCUUUUUUCAAAAAAAUAGAGGAAUGGAGAAAGAAAGAAUCAGGACAGUAGUUGAUCUGAAUUUACCGGUUUUCCAGAAUAACAGUUUCAAAAAUGGUGACCAUGGUUUCAUAAGUAUAUCCCUUUUCCAAAGAUAUUCCAUGAAUACUAGCCAUAGUGUGAAACACCAAAGUAUUCUUAUGCUCAUUUUAGUGUAGGUUUUUUGUUCUUUGUUUGUAUUUUCCCUCUCACCUGCAUGAUUUUGUUUGUCCGCUUUUUCCAUUGUUUGCAAAAUUCUUGCGUUCAAUUGGAAAAUCUUAUCUCAAUUUUCUCUUUUGGGCAUUUAUCCAACUUCCCAAUGGAAGAAUGGUUUCCAUUUUUUUACUAAUUUGAAGUAUCUGUUUUUUGUUGUCCUCUCCCCCAUGCAUCGUUAGAUCCCUGCUAUAUGCGGUACCACUUGCUAUUCUUGCGCAAAUGUUUCGUGUAUCUGACUGGAGUUUUGAAUCUGUGACAGGUCCACCUGGAACUUCUCUACUUUCCCAAUGGAAUGGAUAGUGGGUUCUCUAAUCCUUUUGCUCCCAGGACGUUCUCAAUGACAUCUUUGGAGAAGGCUCUCAAGAAUGAGGCAAAUGGAAUCGAUGACACUACCUCCGACGGGGCCUCUAACCAUCGGAAGAAGGACGUCAUCAUAAGAGGAGUCCUGUCUGUCACCGUCCUUUCUGCAGAGGACUUGCCUGCCACGGAUCUUAUCGGAAAGGCUGAUCCGUAUGUUGUGCUCCAGAUGAAGAAGGCCGAAACAAAGAACAAAACGAGGGUAUUUCUUUUUAAAUGAGUCAUCAGGCUCUUUUUCCCCGCACUCUCUGAUUGCAUAUACUCUGUGCCUUUUUCAGGUGGUGACUGAUAGCCUAAAUCCAGCUUGGAAUCAAACGUUUGACUUUGUCGUUGAAGAUGGGCUACAUGAAAUGCUUAUUUUGGAGAUAUGGGAUCAUGACACAUUUGGGAAGGUAUGUUCCCAUUUUAAGUUUCUUGUGUGAACACCAAGUUCAAUGCUGUCAUCUUUCAGUGGUCCCCAGUUGCACGGUCAUCCUGUUUUCUUUUUUAUGUCCAUCAUCAAAUACCUAAUAUUAUUGUAUUAUUGGGCAUAAUUGGAAGAACAAUGGGCCGUUCGAUGGAAUACAACUCGAGAAUGAGUGGAAUUGGCCCAUCUAUAUAAACAGAAGAUUUAUUAUUGUUAUUAUUUAUUAAUAUGGGUCUUUCAUCAUCUGUCUGUGCCGGUAAUAAAAAUAUGACAUUUCCUGCUUAUCAAGCUGUUGACUCAAAAUAAAUAUGCAACCGAUGGAAUAAGCCAUCUCUAUAAGUUGACUGUAUACUAAUAAUAAUUACGGAAAUAAGCAAUUCUAAGGUAGGUUCUGAAAGGUUGGGAAGUCUUACAUAGCUGACUUUUUUUCUUCUCUUGGUUAUUUGACCAGGACUACAUGGGGAGAUGCAUCAUGACACUGACGAGGGUCAUAAUAGAGGGAGAGUUCUCGGAUAGUUUUCCCUUGGAAGGCGCCAAGUCUGGGGUUGUGAAUCUGCAUCUCAAGUGGACGCCGCAGCCAAUAUACAGGGACUCAUAA